CGGACUUGUGUUCUCUCCGCAGACCUAUUUCGGCCAUGGAGAGUCCUCUUUGCAUCUCGCCAUGUCUACGGGCCACUGCGGCCACUGCAGGUGAGGCCAGCCGUUGGCCGCGCAGCCUCGUGCUACCUUUCGGAGACUUUGAAGUCAUGUCUAAAGCGGGUUCUACGUCUUCGGAUGACGUGCGUUCGGGUCGGCUGGUGCCGAAGCUGCGCCGGCCACCUGCACCGCCGCCGCGAUGGCGACGAAGCAGACGAAGGGCAAGUGGGGAGCAAAGAGGUGACCAGUGGGCACCCCUGGUGGGCUGGUCCAACUUGUUGACUGUGCUGGUGAUCCUCACCAUGAGCUUGCUCCAGGUGCUGAAACGGGAGGUGGCACCACUCUGUACCUUAGGCGUGAUCUUGGCCAACUUCAUCACCAAGGGCCUGAAGAUCUUGGUGAAAUGCCUCGACUCCACUGGCACGCUCUGGCGCCGUCCCAGCAACUCUCGUCGUGCUCCAGAGGAUCCCGGGUUUCCAAGCAGUCACACCUCCAUCAUGACCUUCAUUUCAGUGUAUUUUGCUUUGUAUCUCUGGCUACAUUUGGGCUAUCCCUUCUUUCGCGCCGCUCUGGUGGCAGUCCUUCCAUCUGGCUUCAUGGCAGCAGCACGGAUCCGGGAUCAGGAUCACACGCUGCAGCAGACCAUCGGAGGAGUUCUUUGGGGGACCUGUAUGGGCCUGUGGUGGGCCCUGAUUGGUCCAAGACUUCGUGGGAUCCUCGAGUGGGCAGAGCCACAGCCGUGGGCGCUCGUGGUCCUUUGCUUUGCGGUGGCUCCGAACCAAAGACCGGUGAGACUCGGAGACUUCGCAGGGAGAGGACCAACGGUUGAUCCGGUUCAUGGUCCAGAUUCCCCAUCAUGAAUCAAUUGCUUAAAACAUACGCUCAGCAAAAAUAAUCCCAAGAAACCUAAACAAAUCAGACCAAGUCCCUGAAUGCCCUUCUGCAUGGCUUCCUGGAAGAACAAACAAAAACACAGCUGGCUUCAAAAGGACAUGCACAAAAAGAAUUCAGGCAUGCACCAUCCACAUCCGAGAAACGAAAAAAACAACACCUCAGGGGUGCUGUCCCCCUUCACUGCUUCACUCUGCUAGGUCGGCCUGCCCAUUUUCACCAAGCCCUUGGUCCUUCGACCCCGAAAGCGGCCGUGAAGCCGCCCGAAGUCGGCUGCGAACGUUCUGGACACGUCGUCAUGGCUGCGGGCGGGCGGUUUCGCCCCCAGCCCACUACAACCCUCUGCAGACAGGAGACCCCUUGAAUUGUCCAGGAUGGUGCAUCAAGGCCACUGAUCCACUAGGACGAAGAUGGAACUGAUGGCGAGAACGACACCGGCGAGGGUCGUGAGGGUCCACCUACGGCGGGAGGACAACUUUGCAGAUCCUUGCGUGCGAGACACGCGCGACCUGCAAGCAGCGAGGCUCCGCUUCGAAGCGCAGCGCGACCUGCGGCUGGCCAUUUGGCGAUGGGGACAUGGCCGCUUUGGCAGGAACUCGCCAUUGGGCGCAUGCGGAGCAGUGGAUCC